AUGCCGAGGUUUUUGGUACCCGAGAGGGACAGCGUGUAUCCCUCAAAAGACUCUCAAUUCCGCCGUUCAUUUUAUCAACCAUUGCACAAGAAUCCACCGCGACUAACGAAAGAAGGAUACAUUCGCGCGCUUGAGCUUUACGGAAAAGAAGACAAUUUACUCAAUGCUCUGAAAAGCUCAGUAGCCCGUUUCAGCGAAUGGCGAAGAGAUAACCCGGGCGACCUUGCCGAGUACCGUCGUUAUGCCAACGAGAGAGGAUACGACUGGGAGAACGGCACGGUGGACGACAAUUCCUACUACACCUCGAAUAUUCAAGCUCAAAACACUGAGUUUGCCCAAGGGAAUCUUACUACCUCUCAAACCGCAGCGACAGAGGUGUCUUGGGUAGAGUUUCCCCAACCAGAAGAGACUUCUCCCGGUGAAGAAGAACAUGUGACGAACAGAAAGCCUCAAAGAGUAUUCAUUGCAAAGAAGCGCCAAGAAAGUAACAACACUCCGACUGGACAGGAACGCGUAACUCGUCCCCAAGCAACUGCUUCCAAACCAGCCUCCUCUAGAUCAGGCAGCAGUCGCAGACAGGCGAUCGUGGUGGAGGAUGAAGAGCGCCCAUACCUGCUGCAAGGUGCCGUUGGCAAUAUGGCGUGGAAAGACGGCGAAAGCGCGGCAAAUGCUUCUGGUGUUGCAUACAUCGCCACCGCAGCGAUGAAUACGUUGAGACACGUUGUACAGAACGAAGGGCGAAUCGAGGGAAGGGAUCUCGAAAUUGCGCAAGAAUUAGUCGACUACAUCAGCGCUGAAGACAUGGAACAGUUCCGCAUUCAGCUGAGGAAUGUCGUGCAGAGAGACAAUUCUUCUGGAGGUCUCCGUAACAGCUGGCUUGAAGAAGAGCAGCAAGAGGCGCCUCUGUCUCUCCAACGCACGCUUUCUGCGUAUGCAUACAAUCCGUCUCGAAAGAGACGAUCACGCUUUUUCGCGGAUUCGUAA